AUGUCUGACGAUGGUGAGGAGGUUGCCUUGGAGCUGCCACAAAUAUGGAAGCUUAUUCAUCCACACUAUAACGAAGAGUCUUCUGAUGAAGAAAGCCCUGGAACUUCUCCAUUGAAAACAAAAGUCGAAGAUUAUUUAAAGUUAUCGAAGCGCUCCCCACGUUUAAGUAUGCUUCUACGAUUGUUAAACAAUGUAGAAGAUAUUGAAGAGUUACAGCAGUUAGUUUUAGUGAAGGAUCCUGUCACACAACAAACUCUGCUCCAAUGGUGUACCCUGAACAACCACUUCAUGCUUUCCGAGUACCUCGUGAGGCGUCUUCAACGUGGUGCCUUUGCUUUUGACCCUGAAUUCGACGAGAUUGUCGUGUAUGACCGCUGGGAUGAGAUGCGACCUGAGCUCCCCACAGCCGAAGAGGUUGCCGAGCGUCAGAGGCAGCGUGACAAUGAAAGGGUCGAGCGAAUGGCGUUGCGUGCGCAGCAACAAAAUGAUGAUGAAGAAGACUACGAGGAGGACGAAAACGACGAAGAUUAUGUGGAGGCCGUCCCUGCGGAGCUAGUGUACAACUCGCUAGAGGAGUUUCACGAGCAGUGGGGAGACCGUGGUGUUGGCCUAGUUAAGCGGAUUGGGGAGCUCGGCGUGUACUUUGGGUCACGGCUGCGAGAUGGGACAAAGGAGGGGCUUGGGCAAACUCUCUUUCCGACUGGGGACUGCUACGCGGGCUUGUACCGGCAAAACGAGCGCCACGGUAAAGGGAUUUACUGGUGGUCACAGACUUCCGCUCUGUACUGUGGGGACUGGGUUGGAAAUUUGCGUCAUGGCUACGGUCGCAUGGUGUACCCGGACGGCUCGCGCUAUCUGGGUCACUGGACGAAUGAUUCAAAAAACGGCCAAGGACGUUAUAUCUACGUGGAUGGUAGCAACUACGAUGGUAUGUGGGUAAACAAUGAGAAACACGGCAGAGGCCGAUACAACUUCACAGACGGAUCAUCAUAUCUUGGUAGUUUUUUUCAUAACGAUUUUGUUUCUGGGGAGUGGCGACUGGCAUGUGGCACCGUGUGUUUUGUGGGCAGUUUCAUAAAAGACGUGCCAGUAGGAGCCGGGGUAUUUGUGCACCGGUGUGGAAUAAAACCUGGCAGCUUUAUGCAAGAGGGAAUCUAUCAAAAUGGCCGAUGGAUUCCAGGUGAAAUUAAGAAGUGCACAAAGCUAGAUCCAUUUCUUGAGGUGGUUGUGCCAGGACAGGAUAAGUGUCCACGUGUACCAAUGGAAUUUGGAGCCGCUUUAUUAUCUGAGGAAAAAUAUACCAUAGUCGAUUUGGUUAAAGUGGCUAACUUCACGCCAUUCCAGCGUUGGUUAUCUUCUUUGUCAACUGGCUCUUCGGGUAAAGUCAUUCUGAAACGUGUGGAAGUGGUUGCCAUUAAGGUUGCUCAACACAAUUACAACCAAGUGAUUGAGAUUAAAAUACGGCCACUUCUGGUCAACUUUGAAGGCGUUCGGAUUAACACCGAACUCAGCGAAGAAGAGAGGAUUAUCACACUAAGAGAGUCUUCCAUGCGACUUUUGUUGGUGCUGGUAGUCGAUGAGGAGCCUCUGGUGGUUCUUGAGAGCCUUCCGAUGAAUACCAACACUGGGAGCAAAGGUUCGACGACGGAUACCGCAUAUGGCUUGCCUGAGGUGCGGUGGACUGCUGACGGACGUGUAGAAGGUGAAGUUAUUCGAUCCGUGAUGCCUGCGUUACGCCUCGACAUUAAUAAGAGUACCCUGAAGCACCUAACGGAGCCCUCGGGGGCGUUCAGCACAGAAGACUGUGAUAUUUGGAUGUAUGCUCAGGUGCUUCAUCCUGAUACUUUAUCAAGGCUCGAAGAAACGUUUGAGUCUUUGCCAUCAUUCAAAUAUGUGCCUCUCAGCACCGUACAAAAUAUACCCACUGACGUCACAACUGGAAGUGUGGUUUCGGAAUUUGUUCACGUUUCUAGGGAAGGAAUUAUAUCACCACUGGAAACGGCCCCUAAUCAACGGCCACCAACUCCGAUUUUGCCCCCUGUCAGGCCGAGACCUGAAAUGCAACCUUUGUAUGACGCCAAAGCUGCACUCGAAGGAGAUUUUGAGAAAGAUGAUUAA